AUCCUUACAAUUUAUAAUAAUAGUACAUAACUGUUAAUCAAGCAGUCAGGUCAGUGGUCUGUAGCCAGUCAUGUCGCUGCCGCCGACGGCAUCGUGCACUGGGUCAAUUGGCUAGCCGGACUGUCGACACGCGAUAGUGGCUUCGAGACGGGCAGUAGUGUGCAGUGCGCCACGGUGAAGCCGUGCGAGUCCGCAGCGCUCAUGAGAGCCGAGCCUGCAGCCACCGCCCGCCAGUCGCAGCGCGGCUCGCCCUGUCCGGAGCGCCUGGACGCGCGCGUCUGCCGAGUCUAGUGCAGCACGAACCACUCGCAUACCUGUCACUACCAUGGUCCGCGUGGCGCGGCGGUAACUCGGAGCCCGGAGCCAGCAUGGGCCCCGCCCUGCUGGGCCCCGUGCGGCGCUCGCACUGCGCCGCGCUCGCCGGCCUCGCGCUGCUACUGCUGCUGCUGCUGGCGCGCCUGCCGCCCGCCGCGCCGCCCGCGCCGCGCCCCGCCCCGCGCCCCGCGCCGCGCCCCGAGCCGCGCGCCGCCGAGCCCGCGCCCCCGGCCGCCAACCGCACGGCGCCGCCCGCGCCCAGCACGAGCGCCACGGUGCGCGCCAGCACGGCGCCGCGCGACCCGCGCGUCGUGCUGGUGCGCGACGUGUACGUGGGCGGGCACGAGCGGCCGCACCCCGAGCUGUGCCCGGCGCUGGGCGCGCGCCUGCGCCUGCUCGUGCUGGUGACGUCGGCGCCGGCGCACGCCGCGGCGCGCGACGCCGUGCGCCUCACGUGGGGCCACUACGCCGCGCGCGCCGACGUGGCGCUGGCCUUCGUGCUGGGCGCGCCGCCCGACGCGCUGCGGCCCGCGCUGGCGGCCGAGGACGCCAUGUACGGGGACCUGGUGGUGGGCCGCUCCGUGGACUCGUACUCCAACCUGACGCUGAAGACGCUGUCCAUGCUGGAGUGGGCCGACACGUACUGCCCGCGCGCGCCGCGCCUGCUGAAGACGGACGACGACAUGUUCAUCAACGUGCCGCGGCUGCUGGAGUUCGCGGCGGCGCCGGGCCGCGCCAACGCGACGCGCACCAUCUGGGGCAAGGUGGUGCGGCGCUCGCUGCCCAAGCGCACCACCAAGUCCAAGUACUACCUGUCGCCGCUGCAGUACCCGGCGCGCGUGCUGCCCGACUUCGCCACGGGCCCCGCCUACCUGCUGACGGCGGACUGCGUGGGCCCGCUGCUGGCGGCGGCGCCCCGCGAGCGCUACGUGCGCCUGGAGGACGUGUUCGUGACGGGCGUGCUGGCGGCGCGGCUCGGCCUGCGGCGCCAGCACGCGCCCGAGUUCUACAACAAGAAGGUGGCGCCGCACCCGUGCGCCGUGCAGCGCGGCCUGGCCAUCCACAUGGUGCGCUACCACGAGCAGUUCGACCUCUGGCGCAAGCUGCUGGACGGCAAGACCAAGUGCGCCAGCUAGGCCGCCACUUAUUUUUCUAUCGUCUCGUUUUUUUACGAAACUAUAUUUUUAUACUCGGUCCCGGCGGGCCUCGCUAUUGCGUGCGCCCCGUCGGGCCCCGGCCGCCGUCCCGGGCCCCGCGACGGUCGCCCCCGACCUCGGACAAUCUCGCUUACAUAUUAUUAUUAUACUAAACUUAUUUUUUUUUGUAUAUAAAGUACAAAGCGGUUAGCUUGCGUGACUAUAGUCGCGUGUGUCGCGUAGUCCGUCGCUCGUUGACUCGCUCCGCGCGCCCGCGGGCCCCACUGUGCGCCCCGGGCCCUGCUGUGCGCCGGGGCCCCACUCAGUGGCCCAGGCCCCACUCAGCGCCCCGGGCCCCACUCAGCGCCCCGGCCGCCAGCGCCCCGGGCCCACGGUGGCGCGGGCCGCCGAGCGACUCACCGGUGCAGACGGCGUCGUGUGUAAUCGAUACAGUAUGUCAUAUUGUACACGUGUUGUAUCACUGCGCGGAGGUUGUGCCAGAUGUAAAUAAAUUAUAGUCUGUAUGUACGUUGUA